AUUGUGCCCAACACUACGACAACAACCACGAUUUGAUAAAAACGGGGAAAAGUGGAAAACUGAAAAAUGAAAAAUAAUAGUGUUUUUCCUUUUUUUCAAAUAAUGGAAUAAUUGAAUUCUGUAUUUUUUUAAAAUUAAUACGAUGGUUUGCUCACGUUGAAAAUUGCUCUUAUACUAACCAUGCUGACCUUUACCUCUUGAAAUCACCAUCAUGGCAUUUGUUUCUAAAACUGUAUUAAACAGUUCUACUGAUCAUUGCCGGCAAUGUUUGGAACGAGUAAAACAAACUCCUGCUGUAAAUGCUUUUGUUACUUUGUUAAAAGACAAAGCUUUAGAUGCCGCAGCAGAAAGUGACGAACGUAUAUCGAAUGGUAAACGUUUGAGUAAUCUGGAUGGACUUACCAUCGGCGUUAAGGAUAAUUUUUGUGUGAAGAAUGUGAAGACUACCUGUUCCUCUAAAAUGUUGCAAAACUUUAUCGCUCCUUACGAUGCUACAGUUGUAAAGAGAUUGAAACAAGCUGGCGGUGUUAUAUUGGGUAAAACGAAUCUAGAUGAAUUCGCUAUGGGCUCUGGUACCACCGAUUCAAUUCAUGGACCGACAAAGAACGUUUGGGGAUCACCUUUACAAUAUGAUGUCAACCGUACUCAGAGUAUCGAAGAUUUUAAUGAAUGGCGAAUAGCUGGAGGUAGCUCUGGUGGAAGUGCAGUUGCCGUUGCUACUGGAAGUGUUUUUGCUGCUCUUGGAUCCGAUACUGGUGGUUCUACACGAAAUCCAGCUUCGUAUUGUGGUGUUAUCGGGUAUAAACCAACUUACGGUGUUGUAUCGAGAAAUGGACUCAUACCUCUAGUCAACUCUAUGGAUGUUCCCGGCAUUUUGGCUCGUACAGUGAACGACACAGCUGAUGUUUUCAAUAUUAUUAGCGGACCAGAUUGUUUCGAUUCGACUACAGUCGAAGAAAAUACUAAACCAGUUAAUUUGAAUGAGGAAUUCGAUAUUAAUAAUGUCAAAAUUGGUAUUCCAAGAGAAUACCAUAAUUCUGCCAUAACCCCCGAGAUUCUAGAAACGUGGAAAUACAUCGCCAAUAUUUUCCAGAAUGCUGGAGCUACUGUGCAAGAGAUGUCAAUGCCACACACAGAACAUUCAAUUGUAACUUAUUCGAUACUUAACGCGUGUGAAGUUGCUAGCAACAUGUCUAGAUAUUCCGGUCUAUUAUUCGGACACAGAUCUCAAGCACAAGUAUCCACUGAUCAAGUUAUAGCAGAGUCUAGAUGUGAAGGUUUUGGUCCCGUAGUACGCUCGAGAAUCUUAGCUGGAAAUUAUUUUCUUUUACAACGGAAUUACGAAAAGUAUUUUGUUAAGGCCAUGAAAGUAAGGAGACUAAUAGCAGACGACUUCGAGAAUGCUUGGAAUUCUGGUUUCAAUUUUCUCUUAACUCCUACUACUCUUUCUACGGCUCCUUUAUUAAGUGAUUUCACUAAAUUGGAUAAUCGAAGUCAGUGCGCGUUACAAGAUUAUUGCACUCAAGCGGUAAAUAUGGCUGGUUGUCCUGCAAUAUCGAUACCUAUUUAUUUAUCGAAAGAAGGAUUACCAAUAAGUCUUCAAGUUAUAGGAAGAAAUUUCGAAGAUGCAGCGUUGUUACAACUAGCAGGUUGGCUUGAAAAAGCUGUGUCUUUUCCUCAUUUAGUAUCGUGAUGUUUUUCUUUAUUGUUUGUUGGUUAUUAUAUUAAUUUUUUUACGCGUGAA